GCGUAGUUAGAGCCCUCUUUGCUUCGCACGGCUCUGCUCUCGCUUUUGCCCUCGGUAUUACAAGCUCCGCGUCGAUUUGCAGCGCUUGCGCUAAACCGCUUCGCCACCAUGUCGAUCAGUGAGGUCGCCUGCACUUACGCCUGCCUCAUUCUUCACGACGAUGGCAUCGCCAUCACGGCCGACAAGAUCGCUGCUUUGGUUAAAGCCGCGAAUGUCUCAGUUGAGGGAUACUGGCCUUCCCUGUUCGCCAAGCUUUGCGAGAAGAGGAGUGUCGAGGAUCUCAUCACCAAUGUCGGAGGUGGUGGUGGUGGUGCCGUCGCCAUGAGCGCUGCACCCGCCGCUGGAGGUGCCGCUGCCGCUGUUGAGGCUCCAAAGGAGGUCGAGAAGGAGGAGCCAAAGGAAGAAAGCGAUGAAGACAUGGGUUUCAGCUUGUUCGAUUAGAAUUAUCUUGUAGGUAUAGAGGAAUGCUAUCUAUGCCGAUCUUGCGCGUUUUUGUUAGGGGUUCCUUGAUUUACAGAAUUUCUAUAUUCACUACAAGCUCCUGCAGUUGUAAUUAUUCCAACGAUGUGAUGCUGAAUUGUUGAGAUUUUUUGAUAGUCA